GAGCGAAUUCUAGGCAACGUCCAAUCGUACUCAACAAGGACCUGCGGUAUCCUCCAAGUCGAUUUGCAGCGAAUUCAACAGAAAAGAAGAGGUUGGUCAUCACCAUUUCUCUCUCAGCCUCGUAAGAGAAACUCAUACGGGGUCAAAACGCCAAAUUAAUCCGACCGAAGAAAUAACGUAUUCAACGUUAAUAUAAUUCCAAACUCAACAAUGGCUGAUACAGCAGUAGAGAAGAAAGCACCAACCACAGAGGUUACUGCAAAGGAGCUGAAAGAGAAGAAAGAAGUGGAGGUGGAAGUGAAAGAAGAUAAGAAAGAAAAGAAAGAAAACGGCAGUGGGGACGCACCUGCCAAUGGCACAAAUGGUGCUGAUGACAGUGAAAAGGCUGUGAAGGAGGUAGCUGAGGAAAAGCAUGAAAAUGGCAACGGGAAGGCAGAGGAGGCUCCCCCUGCUGAGAAGGCCGAGGCACAGCCUGUGAAGCGUGCCGCUGAAGAGAAGGAGGAGGAGGAGGAGGAGGAAAAGGUGGAGACCAAAAAGCAGAAGACUGAGGAAAAUGGAGAUUCAAAAGCAGAAGCAAAAGUAGAGGCCUAAACCUCUGCCAUGUUUGUUUACAGCGCUGCCUACAGGGCCCUGGUCGGCAUCAUUUUGUAGAGUGAUGUGCUUUCUGUUUCUGCAAGAUGUAUUGUUUGUUCCCACGGUAUCCAUGUUUGCACUGGAGUUUUUCAGCUUGGUGGCCCCUACUCAUUUUCUUUUUUUAUGAGAUGUUAUUUAUUGGUCUAAAAAAAUUGAAUGUUUUCUUUUUUUUAACUUGUAAAAAUUGGGCCAUGCCCUAUGAUAAGUUUAGUUUUAUAAAUCAGUAUGUUUUGAAGCACAUCCUCUACUCCUAGUGCAGACCAGCUCAUUCAUUACUGGGCAGUUGCUUUCCUCGUCAUGGCUCAUGUUGACUCAGAUUCACUAUAAGACCAAAGAUAAGUUUUAAGCAGGGGCUAAUAGACAGUUGGCGUUAAGGCUUUUUUUGUGUUGAGCUGCUAGUAGUUAAUCCUUUGCCUGGCUGCCCUGUUAACAUAACAGAUGGCACAAAUAAAUUAAGGGAUCUUUCUGUUAUGCCUCAUAAGAUUACUUGACCCUAUUUUGUAGAGGCAGGCUUUUGCAAUGUUAAUUAACCCCUCUUAAAUCUUAACACUUUGGUCGUUUGUUCUGUACGCAUUCCACGCCAAGUUUAUACCAUAUCAUCUACAAUUACCGUUUCUGGUUUUCUAUUGGUUUAUGUUUAGCUGAGUAACUGUGUCAAAUACUGCCUUUAUCAGAAUGACAUUUGU